GCUGAACCUCAAGUGCCUAAGGAUUCAGCCUUAAGGGUAAAACCCAAGCACUUGAGGAUAAACCCUAAGUCACUUGAGGAUAAACCUCAAGCAAAAAAAAUUUCCAUUUUUGGUAUCAAUAUUUUUGUGUAG